CCUUCACAUAUAUAAAUAUGAGAAAAGCAAGCAAGGUCAAGGCGAAGUACGUGGAACUGGAACACCAACAAGUCAAGCCUAUGGAAGGGAUAGCACUCCCUACAGUAUUGCCUUCAGCAACUGAAACCAAUGCAUACCAUUCUCCCCUCCAUGCAUGGAUAUCUCAAGGUCUCGGCCUCUUUGCGUCGCUGUGUUCUUUUGUGGAGACGUCGCCGAGCUUUUCUUGGCACCAAAUUUGGGUGAUAUGGGUGCAGAUAAGAGCCAACGUGGUGGCGCCGGUGCUGAAGAUUGCUGAGAUCCUGUGCCUGAUCAUGUCCGUGAUGCAGAUCGUGGAGAAGCUGUCGAUGGGCGCCGCCAGCCUCUUCGCCAGAGUCUUCCGGUGGCGGGCGGAGAGGCGGUACAAGUGGGUGCCCAUGGGGCAGGACUUGGAGACAGGCAGCUUGGCCUAUCCCAUGGUGCUUGUACAAAUUCCCAUGUACAACGAGAGGCAGGUGUACAAGCUCUCCAUUGGAGCGGCGUGUGGCCUCUCGUGGCCAGCCAAUCGAAUCGUAGUUCAGGUGCUCGAUGACUCAACCGACCCCGAAAUCAAGGACUUGGUGCAGCAGGAAUGCGAGAAAUGGGCAAACAGAGGGAUCGACAUUAAAUAUGAGAUAAGGGAAAAUAGACAUGGAUAUAAAGCAGGUGCUCUAAAGGAAGGGUUGAAGCACAGCUACGUACAUCACUGUGAUUAUGUUGCCAUUUUUGAUGCAGAUUUUCAACCUGAAGCUGAUUUUUUGUUGCAAACAAUUCCUUUUCUUAUCCAUAAUCCAGAAAUAGCUCUAGUUCAAGCUCGAUGGAAAUUUGUGAAUGCCGAUGAAUGUAUGAUGACAAGGAUCCAAGAGAUGUCAAUGGAUUACCAUUUUAAAGUAGAACAAGAAUCUGGUUCAACCAUGUACUCCUUCUUUGGUUUCAAUGGGACUGCUGGUGUUUGGAGAAUCUCAGCUCUUGAAGGAUCUGGAGGAUGGCAAGAUCGAACAACAGUGGAGGAUAUGGAUUUAGCAGUUCGAGCAACUCUUUGUGGGUGGAAAUUCGUUUUUGUAGGCAACAUCAAGGUCAAAAGUGAAUUGCCUAGUACGUUCAAGGCAUAUCGUAAUCAGCAAUAUCGAUGGGCUUGUGGUCCAUCUAAUUUAUUCAGAAAGAUCGCAGAAGAGAUACGAAGGACAGCGAAAAUAUCACUAUGGAGGAAAAUACAUUUGAUGUAUAGCUUUUUUGUUGUUCGAAGGAUUGUAGCCCAUAUUGUUACCUUUACAUUCUAUUGUGUGGUCAUACCAACAUCAGUUCUUGUUCCCGAGGUCAAAAUUUCAAGGUGGGGAGUGAUUUACAUUCCAACAACAAUUACUCUUUUGAAUUCAGUUGGAACUCCAAGCUCGUUCCACCUAUUGCUUUUCUGGGUUUUCUUUGAGAAUGUUAUGUCUAUGCAUCGAACAAAAGCAGUUUUGACUGGUCUAUUGGGUGUAGGAAAAGUAAAUGAAUGGGUUGUGACUGAGAAAUUGGGAAACUCUGUAAAGGCAAAUGAAGGUGAAGAAUCUGGCAAAAAAUCUGGAUCUGCAAUAUUCAAAAGGGUUCUUCUUCCAGAGCUUGGAAUGGCGGUAUACCUUUUUACAUGUGCAUGCUGCGACUUCGCCUAUGGGAAGAACUACUACUUCUUUUACAUGUAUCCCCAAGCCAUGACAUUCUUCAUUGUGGCUAUUGGUUAUGUUGGGACCUUUAUGCCCAGCUAAAAGCGAAUUAAUAGAAUGUUUAUCACAAUAUUAAUCCGAACUAUCUUCUUACAUAAAA